UAUUUUUGCCAAUAUUCUUUUUUUUUUUAACCAAUCCAAGAGAAUUUAAAGAAGUUCUAGAGAAGUCUAGUAACAAGCCAUUUAGUAUUUCCAGAUUAUUCUCCUCUACCCUUUAUAUUUUCAUCACUCACAUUUGCUCUUUAUUCUGAUUUUGAGUUUGAAACUUCAUUUAUCAAAUAUAAAUAUAAACAUGGCUCACUGCUUAUCAAGAUUUCCAAUUUCUCAACCUAUUUCAUUUUCAAACAAUCCAAAAUAUUCCAAUUACUGUCUUCCAAUUUCUAGUAGAAAACAUCAUGGUAAUUAUAAGAAAUUGAAGGUCAUGGUUGUUGAUGAAAGACACAAUCUUGAUCACUUACAAAGACAAAACAAGGCACCUCAACCUAGAAAAAGAUCACCCCAAAUGGCCCCUGUUGGCUUAUGGGAUAGGUUUCCAACAGCAAGGACAGUGCAACAAAUGAUGGACACAAUGGACAGAGUCAUGGAGGACCCUCUUGCUUUUAAUGGAGGUUGGGUUGCAGGGCCAUCGAUCGACGAUGUCGGGUACAAAAGAGGAAGGACACCAUGGGAGAUAAAAGAAAGUGAAGCAGAAUACAAAAUGAGGUUUGACAUGCCAGGAAUGACCAAAGAAGACGUAAAAGUUUGGUUAGAAGAGAAAAUGUUGGUUGUCAAAGCUGAAAAAAUGGUCAAGAAUAAUGGAAAAGAGGAAGAAUGGUCAGCUAAGAGCUAUGGAAAAUAUAAUACAAGAAUUGCUUUGCCUGAGAAUAUUGACUUUGAAAAGAUUAAGGCUGAGGUUAAAGAUGGUGUCUUGUAUAUUACUAUACCUAAGGCUAGUAGUAAUCCCAAAGUUUUUGACAUUAAUGUUCAAUGAACAAUUUUGAUGUAUUGAUCCCAAGUUCAAUUUCCUCUUUGGUAAAUUGAAAUUCCUCUUUUCAAUUUUA